UAGAUGACCAUCUUGGGCAAGGACAAUGACGAUGAAUAAUAAGGAGCAAUUGGAGGACAAUGCUGUGCCUGAGCAGGCGCCGCUGAAGCAAAAGGAAGGAAAAGUGAGUCGCUGGAUCACGCUUCUGUCCGUCGCUGUCCUCUUAUUGUCACUCAGAGCUUGGAAUCCAAAAGCAUUCUUUACGUUGCCGGCGAACUACUACAUCAGAGCAUGGUACCUUCCAACAGAAAUACUGGACCAUUACAUUGAAAACAUACUCAGCGACGUCAGCUUUGUUGUGCCCGUGUAUUUCGAGUCUACACUGUUAUUUCCAGAUCUCGGGGAGGCAGUGGACAUCCAGGUGGAUUCCCGAAUGCAUAAUGAGUUCUUCAGUUUGUUGAACUACACGUUGCAACUGAUACCCGGCACUAAUUCAGAAUACCAGAAUGGUGCCUACCCUAAAGAUGAUGUUUUUGUUAACUGCUUGUUGAGCAAGGAUAAUGCGAUACAUGUAGACGGGGCCGAAAGCUACGCCGAGCUCUACUUCAACUUGGAAGGUGUGGACGCCAAUGACGUACCCUUCUUCAUGACACAGCUACUAGUGGAUCAUUGCUUCCGAGACGAAGUGCAGAAAUAUGCCCCCGACAACUUCUACAAGCUCGACAGCACCACUACAGGGCAGAAGCAGGACAGCGGGUUGCAGGACGAAGGAAAGUUUCACCUCGUGCAUGCCGAUUUCAUGUCGAGCAACAUACUAGCUGCCCUUUUGAGGAGCGGCAGCCACAAGAUAAAGGUUCGAGCCGAAAUCCACGUGGUUGGAACAACGGUGUUUUCGAUUGAUAUGGAGAAAGCUAUUGAAGAGUACAUGCAGCCUUUAUUUGAGAUGCUAUCGGACUUUUUCGACUUAGACAUCGUCGUGCACAACUUAGGCAUGGAGGACUCGACACCACACGAACGUUUGAACCAGACAGGCGAUUUACUGUUUCCUUCUGAACUCGUUAAUCUUCCCGUGAUAUGGGACCUUUACCAGCGGACAAAGCUCGAAUCUGCGCAAACGGAUACCAUUUGCGUGAACAUGCUCUUCUACCCGUUCUUCCAGGGUGGAGAGCUUAUCAAAGAAAUCUCUAUCGACGCUUCACCCAUCUACUCGGACCAUGAAAACACGUACCUUACUGUCGAGGAAUGGGGCUCCAUUUACUUUUCUCACAUACUCUAUGAUAGCUCCAAGUCCGUGAGCAAGCAGCAUUUAAAGGACUGCGUGUGGUCCUUCAAUGAGAAUCUCCUCGACGCGUUGGGAGUGCCCAACGGGAACAUGGCCCCCGCUGUCCGUACCAAGAUAUUCAAGCGGUACAUGGUUAUGCAGUAUUUUACAUACUACUCCUCGUUGCUCAACGAGCUUCGGAACAUUAUCUCCUGGAACACUAUCUCCGAGGCCGCUAACUUCAGCCCGGCGAAAACCAGACAGUUCGCUGAGGCAUUUGCUAAGAGUCUACAAGAGAGAAAACGGGCGUUGUACCUGGCCCGGUCUGGCGACUUGUCAGCUUCCAUUGCCGCCUGCCGCAUGAUGGUCGACAUCCUGCAAGAGACCCUCCACUCCUGAUAGAUGUAUAUACACACAUAUGUAGCAUACCAACUUGCGUGUAUAGCAAAUAGAGACAGCGCGAUUGGUCUGUCGGGAAAAAGAAAGUGAAUAUUUUUGAUGUCUAGAUGGAAAGUACCGGUAUGAAGAUGCUGGGGAAGUCGAAAAGUUCUCGUAGUGCAGGAUCAGCAGCAGUAGGAGACUAAGGAGCAAAAUGUCGGCUAAUGGAACAACAAAAAAGAUUGUGGCCCUUUUGCAGCAGCUGCCUGCAGACAAAGUGAAGCACUAUGCUUCUUUCAAGUACACGCAAAUUGAGAGGUUCUGCAACAUCGGCGGCAUACCCGUUCCGAAGGCAGUGAAGGAGGAGCAGGCAGCAGAGGACAAGAAGAAGCAGGUGUUGAUCAAGAUUGACGCUGCAAAGUUGAAAAGAAUGAUUUUUUCCGAGAAGGAGGAGCAACCGGACUACCAGAAAAACCUUUUCAACGAGGAC